AUGCAAUUUUUAUUACAACUAGUAAACCUUUGUCCCAUUGAUAUUCAUCCCAAUGCUCGAUGGCAACACAAUAGUAUUACAGUAGCUGGAGGAAAUGAAGAAGGCGAUGGAAUCAAUCAACACUAUUACCCAUUCGAUUUGUAUGUAGAUGAUGAACAAACAAUUUAUGUCGCUGAUUGGGGAUAUGAUCGUAUUGUGAAAUGGAAAAGCGGUACGAUGAGUGGUCAAGUGAUUGCCGGUGAAAAUGGAGAAGGAAUCGAAGAUCAUCAAUUGUCUUACCCAUAUGAUGUGAUUGUCGAUGAAAAGACAGAGAGUCUUAUCAUAUGCGAUCGUAAGAAUAGAAGAGUAGUUCGAUGGCCUCGUCGAAAUGGGACAAGUGGAGAAACAAUUAUCUUCAACAUCGAUUGUGGGGGUUUGACAAUGGACGAAAAUGGAUCUCUCUAUGUCGUUGACUAUGCAAAAAAUGAAGUGAGACGGUAUCGAAGAGGAGAAUCUCAAGGAGCAGUAGUUGCAGGUGGAAAUGUACAUGGAAACCGUCUCGAUCAACUUCAUUGGCCACAAUACGUAUUCGUCGAUCGAGAUCAAUCAGUCUAUAUAUCGGAAUCGAGAAAUGAUCGUGUGUUGAAAUGGAUGGAAGGUGCAACACAAGGUAUUGUGGUGGCUGGUGGUCAAGGACGAGAAAAUGGUCCUACAUAA